UAAUAUUUUGCUGGUGGAAUGCAAAUCAUCAAAAAUGGAGGCUGCCGUGUUUAUUCUGUCACUGAUCGACUGUUGUGCUCUGAUUUUCCUUGCAGUGUAUUUUAUAAUCACCUUGUCUGAUUUAGAAUGUGACUACAUUAAUGCCAGGGCCUGCUGCUCCAAACUCAAUAAGUGGGUUAUUCCAGAGAUGGUGGGCCAGUGUCUCUCCACGCUGUUGAUGUUUAUUUCCACGCACUGGUUCAUCUUACUCCUCAACCUCCCUGUUGCAGCCUGGGACAUUUACAGGUACGUAAAGGUCCCGAUGGGCAACAUGGGAGUGUUUGACCCCACUGAGAUUCACAAUCGAGGUCAACUCAAGUCCCAUAUGAAGGAAGCCAUGAUCAAACUGGGCUACCACCUGCUCUGCUUCUUCAUUUAUUUGUACAGCAUGAUCCUGGCUCUGAUCAAUGACUGAAAUGACAAGUCAGUCACAGUUCCUGGAUUAGUCCUGGAUCUCAGUCCUGUAUUACAGUCCUGGAUCAACUGGCAAUACUGGAUGGAUGUCACCCAGAGAACCUGAAACAUUCUUUGUGCACUGAUCAGUUUUAUUUGAACCACAAUCAAAUGUUGUGUUUAUGACUACUUGAAAUAGGCCAAACUUUCAUUACACGCCCUUACUAGAUUAGACCCUGUCCACACGGGGGAAAUAUGUAAUAUGUACGCCACACCUACAUAAACAACUUGAAUCCGCGACACACAAACGAACACAACAAGAUGGCCACUUGAAUCCCCUACACAAACACAACAAGAUGGCCACUUCAAUCUGUUACGCACCACAAAAACCACAAGAAGGCCACUUGAAUCUGCUACACACCACAAAAGCCACAAGAAGGCCACUUGCAUCUGCAACACACAAACACAACGGCCACUUAAAUCCGCUACACACAAACAAACUUAACAAAAUGGCCAGUUGAAUCCGCUACACAAACACAACAAGAUGGCCACUUGAAUCUGCUACGCACACACAAACACAACAUGAUGGCCACUUGAAUCUUCCUCCUGAUGAGCAAGUUAAGACGUCUGCCGGUCUCAUUAGAUGAAAAGAACUAUCACAUGUGGACUGGGAUGGAACCGUUCACAUUUCAGUCCAUUCGGUACCGUCAAUACAUAUUGGUACUCAAAAGUACUGACAAUUGGUAGCGUAGUAUGUUCUUCUGGUAGUUCAUGUUUAUUUAAUUCAGAAUAAAAAUUCUUUAGCGUUCCCCACCUAAAACCUCAAAGCGUUCCCGUGUGGACAGGGCCUGGCUUUUAAAGAGAAUACCAAGAACUGUUAUGUACAUGGUAUCAUAAAGUAUCAGUGUGGUCAUCUGACACAUUUCUAGUUAGUCUAGUGAUGUUGGCAGCAACAUUACUACUCUCAAGUCUUUUCACUGUCUCCAUAAUACUCCGCAAAACUACAAGAUGGCUUAAAUACCCUAUUUUCUGGACUAUAGAGUACAUAUUAGCCGCACCGGACUAAAAAACGCAGAAAUAUACAUUGUGAAAUUAGUUAUUUACGCAGAAAGAUUUUAGAAAUGUUUAUUUACAUACUUUCAUUUUUUUUAAAUGGCUGAUCAAACAAACCAGAAGUCAUCGCCAUGGACCCACUAGCUGCGCAAGCUCGCUCUCCAAUCAGAUAAAUAGACUCAAUAACGCCACGGUGACGUUUUGGUGAAUUUACUGACGAAUUUGUGAAACUGAAACACUACAAAAAGAAUGCCAUUGUAAGACACUUGUAAACGUGUUUGUAUUUUAGUUAAUGCUAACGACAUUAGCUUGAUUACAUCAUGAUAGCACGUACAAAUGUACAUGAAAACACUCCUGCAGACAUCGCACAUGGGACAGUUUAGUAAGUAAGAAUUGUUUUAGUUAUAUUGUAAAACUUACAUACGUUGCUUGGAGUGAUGAAUGAAGAAUACUUUCCAGCAGAAACGCUUCCGAUGGUUUUACCUCCGGGUUAAAGGAUUAAAACAGGAAGUACAUUUUUAACCCGCAACACCUGCAGUGAGCAAACCCGUCCAAAAGAUGGCGCCAUUGCACAAAAUAUAACACACCAUUUCAGUUGAAUGAAAACUUUUGAACACAAAACAUAAUGGCCGUUAGCGAAGAAAAGGCCAUGAAUUAGCCGCACCGUUUAUAAACCGCAGGAAAAAAGUAGCGGCCUGUAGUCCGGAAUUUAUGGUAGUUGAUCAUUUAAGCAACAUUUGAGUCGUCAUUUUUGGAUGACUAUUGGCUUGUAGCGGACAUUUGUCAGUAUUCCCUGUGUUCAGUGUUAGUUUUUGUCAACCUCUGAACGUUGCACACAAGUUCCACAGCGUAACUAAAAUAAGGGCUUAAAAAGUAGGCUUUGAGUUGUCAAAAUGAAUGAAAAGCAAGAAGUGACAGGCCAAUGUUCCCAAGUACAUAAGUACGGCAGAACGCAGUGCACUAAAGAAAGAGUGUGCUGUACCGUAAAAUGCAGCACUCCUACUUAUCUUGAUAGUUUCUUUAAAGCAGCACUCCUCCAAACAUAAAUGUACACAACAAUCAGGUGAAUAGUAACAUGUACUCUAAUAUAUACGACAGUAGUCCUCAAUCAUGUUUUGUUUCAAUGACUUCAAUCUUUUACGGUCAGCAAGAGUGCAGGAGUUCCCUUGAGUGCCUAAACUGUUUUGUUUACGUCUGCUCGUCACGUCUUUCUUGACUUUCGUUAAUAAAAGUGAAAAUGCAAGUAUGUGUA